UUCAAUAGUACACACCUGUCAUGGCUGACGUUGGACACGUACAUUGGCCCUAGUUGGACGUAUCAACAAAUUUCGACGCAGUAACAUUGAAAAAAUGACAUGAAAGAUUUUAUACGAGUUAUGAAAGUGUAAAAGAUAUCCAAAUUACUGAAACAAACAGCUCUAGUUUAUAAUAUACAGAGCAACUCAACAAUCCACCAUUAUGUCAUUUGAGGUUCUUCUUCAUCACUAUGAAGUUUGAAUUUCAUUCAAAAAAGAAAGGUUUUCAUCAGUUGAAACAGGGAUUGAGAAACAUAACGAUAAUGGCUUUCGACUGUGCUAUUUGUGAAAACCUGAAGAGUUUUGCUAAAAACAAGCCGCCCAUGGUCCUAUUUGUGGUGAGUCUGGGGACCUUUGCUGUGGUGCUGCUAACUCUAGCGUACAUCGUCAAAGUCAAAGAACUACCCAAUCCAGAUCUCACUAAGGAAUGGAACAACUUUUUUGAAAAUUUUGCGGAAGUAGAAUUCUGUGUGUUAGGAAAUCAAACGGAGGAAAUUGUUCCAACUACUUCGGAACCUAAGUUGGUAGAUAAGCUUUCAAAAUUACACCAGUCAGUUCUGAAGGGCCAUAUCAAAACCACUGCGGAACCAGAGAAAGGACAGAUUGUAAAUACAUCAAUAUCCAUGCUAAUUGAGGUCACCCCCUCUCAGAGUGAUAGUUUCUUCAACAUAUCUAACAAUGUCACCACUCUACUGGCAGCAGUCAAUGGCAGUGAACUCGGACUAAGAGGUUUAGCCUCUAAAAUGAGUAUGAAUGUGUCCAUGAUGCUGCCUAUCAAAUGGAAUGAAGCAGUUUGUACAGAUAAAAACUGCCAGAAAAUUAAAAUUCUGACCUGCAUAAAUUUUCAGGGACCAGCUUCCUUUUUUCCAAGCCAACGACAUUUUGGAGGCUGUAGAAGCACUGUGAGUGUCACUGAGGGAGUGGGUGACUACAGUUCUAGAAUGGUCGGGUAUCCCAGAAGCUACACCGCAGAAAAUCUGUGUGCCCAUCUACCUCGAGUCACAAUGAAGUACAAGUUAGAUCCCACCAUGAAUAUGUUGUUAACUUUGGAGGACAGAUCAGUUAUCAACCUUCACUUGAUGCACACCACCUACUUCCUGUUCGUCAUGUUUGUGACCGUUAUCUGUUACGCCCUCAUCAAAGGUCAUCCAGCCACCCACAAAAGCAAGUCUGGCUCAUACUCAGAGGUACCAACCAAAGUGUAAAUACGACACAAAAAAGGUUCAGAUUUAGUGCAAUAUUCCAUGAACAUCUUCAUCAUGUAAAAGACAUUGUGUGUACACGACUUGUACUUUGUUGCUCACUGGACACCAAAUGUUGUGCCAUAAAUUCAUGUUUAUCCUACACUGUGAUGGUUAAGGCCGAUAUUGUGAUGCUCCCAUGUGAUAAAAGGCCACUGCUAGAAUCUCUCACUCUGGUAAACUGGUAGUACACAUGGUACUAUUUAUGGGCCUGGAUAUUGUGAUCACAUAUAUUUGAUCUCAUGCACUUGCUGUUAUAAUCUGUAAAGUGCAAAAGGGUGAUUGAUUUACUUUCAAGCUGAAAUACUGCAAGGCAAAUCAAAUAUUUUCUCUCUGUAAACUAUUGCUGUAUUGGAAUUCCAACUUUUGCAUCUUGCCAUUACCAGUAGAUAAGCUAAGACUUUAGCAUUUUGUGAUGUUGUGAAAUCUUUGAAAUUUCAAUUCAAUUUAGAUAAGAUACCAUAUAUAUAUGUCAAAUAUGUAUUCACUUAAUACACAUACUUAUGCCCUGAUAUUGUACAGUAAAGAAGUUUAUCAUACAGUCAAAUUUAGGGGAAAAAUAUAGAAAAAUUGGUUAGUCAUUGGUUAGUUUUGCCAAAAGACAAAACUGUUGACAUGGAGAUAGGUAAAGCAUAUUAUAUGUGUAUGAAGCAUAAUACAACAAAUAUUUCACUUAUUGUUUAUUUAUAAAUACAUGUACUUGCAUAUUGGGACCAAAUUUAUUAGCUCAAAAUGUGAUAAAUAUUAUUAAUAUAAAAAAUAUUACAUUUGAUAGAGAAAGGUAAAGUUCCCCAAUUCUUGUUUAUUUUCAUUUAUAAUUGUAUGUCUUAUUGAUUUAAGAUUAAGUUUAGAAGUCAUAGCAAUUAUUAACCCUCUGAGAGGGGAGUAGGAAGGGGGGGGCAAUAUUCAUCAGCUGUUUUCAUGUUCAACUGAUUAUAUACAGGAAAGUGGGAUAUGUUUUCCUAUGAAGGGAGUUUUUGAAAUUUCAGUUACAUUCUGUUUUAGUUUGUCAAGCAUUUUUAUUUUCCCUUUUACAUGUGCAUCUUCCUUAUUUAUAGUCAAAGAUUUAUUUUUGUACAAUAACAAAACUAUUAUGUACCUGGUGUGUAUGAAAUGCUCUUGUUUGGGGAAGUUGAGUAAAUUAAAGAUAACUGGUGACAUAUGAUGGUUCAAGGAAAAGUGUACAUUGCAACAAUUGUAUAUAUAAGAUUUUUUUUUUCAUUCUAACUUAAUGUUGAUCCAGCCCUACAUAUUCAAUUGGGUUAUUUUAUGAAAUGCAAUAUUUAAUGCAUUUUCCGUUUGUUAAUGUUAUAUGUACACGAUUUUGUGCUUGGAUGUAACAGGUGGCAAACUUGUUCAGAUCUCAAGUUUUAUGAUGAUGGGAUUUUUUUUGUUUUUGUUUUGAUGAAACUUUGUGAAGAAUGUCUGUUAAUUAUUACAGAAUGUACAUGAUUUUUUCAAAUUAUUUACUUUGAUAAACAGUCUUCUUUCAUGUAAUGCUUCAAGUAAAAGAUUAAUUUAACUUGAUGAAUAUACUGUAUCAUGGUUUACUUUCUAAAAA